AUGGCGAGAGGACAGACGCACAAGGAUCGUAUUAAGAAUUUGGAGAACAUGGCCAACACCAUGGAUGAAAAAUUCUCACGAUUGGAGCGAACUCUACAAAAUCUGACCAUCCUGGUGGAGCAGCAACAGCAACAGGCGCCAAGGCGCAGUAGUAGCCGUUCAUCUUCCCACAGAAGGCGAUCUACUGUAUCAGCAAGCCAAAGGUCUGAAUACGACUCUGAUGGUGGAUUUGAGAUAGACGGACGAGGCAGCAAUUGGAAUCCCACAGGCACCAACCGGCCAGCGUUUAAACCGCGCCUACAAUUUCCCACAUUUUCUGGUGAGGAUCCUAUCUCUUGGUUCAAUCGGGCCAAUUUAUUUUUCAUGUCACAAAAGAUGAGCCUCAAGGAAAAGGUGGAGUAUGCCGCCUAUUACCUUGAGGGCGAGGCGAGCCAUUGGUGGCAGUGGCUGUCAGGCACCUAUGAGAGCCAAGGCAAAAGCAUUUGUUGGAAGGAUUUCGAACAGGAGGUACGCACUCAUUUUGGCCCUACAGGCUUUGUGGAUUAUAAUGAAGUCCUGUCAGAGAUGCGCCAGACAGGAUCCUUGAGGGACUACCAGCGGGAAUUCGAAAGGGUGGCCACACAAGUUGAUGAUUGGCCAGAGAAAGCCUUGAUCAGGGCGUUCAUUGGGGGCCUAUUUCCGAACAUCGUUACAGAAGUCAAGCUUCACCGACCCACCACUAUGCGCCAGGCAAUUGAUAUUACUCGGCUGAAAGAUGAUCAACUGCGCACCACGCGCAAGGCAAUGGCAUACAAAGGGCCUGCCAUGGCCGAAUCCAGUUCUGGGGCACCCAAGCCUAAGUCACCGCUUGUGCCACAACCCACAACCAGCAAGCGCAUACCACUAGGCGUCAAGCGCCUAUCAUGGGUUGAGAUGCAAAAGAGGUGCGAGCAGGGCCUCUGUUUCAACUGUAAUGAGAAAUUCACCCCAAGCCACAAGUGCAAGGUGGCCCAAUCUUUUCUGAUCGAAGCAAAAGACCCACAAAAGAAGGAGAAAAACGAAGAGUCAGACCCACAAAUGUCCUUUAACAUGCCUGCAGCCAACAGCGGGAUAGAGGCUGAGGAUCUGCCAGAGGUGUCCCUUCAUGUGCUGGUAGGAUCCAUGGGGCCACAAAUGAUGCGGGUGACAGCGAUGCUCAAGGGCAAAGUUGCUAGCCUGCUGAUUGAUAACAGCUCGACCCACAACUUCAUCAGCACUAAAUGGUUGGCCCAAUUGGGCAAAGUUGUCUUUGAUUACAAGCAGAUGUCCAUGGAGUUCACCCUAGGGGGUCGACAGGUUCGUCUAUCAAUGCAGCAGGGUACUGCUACAGCAGUAAAGCUACCCACAGAUGUUCAGGCGGUCUUGGUCAAAUUUCCCAAAGUGGUGCAGGAGCCCACAAACCUGCCACCAAGUCGGCCUUUCAAUCAUCACAUCCCACUAUUAGAUGAGCAACCCAUCAACGUUGCUCCUUAUCGUUAUGCCCAUCAUCAGAAAGCAGAAAUUGAGAAGCAAGUCAAGGAGAUGCUGCAGAAAAAUUUGAUACGGCCCAGCACUAGUCCAUUUUCAUCACUAGUUUUGUUAGUUAAGAAGAAGGAUGGGACAUGGCACUUCUGUACAGAUUACCGAGCACUCAACAAGGCCACAAUCAAGGAUAGAUUUUCGAUUCCAGCUAUUAAUGACAUGCUAGAUGAACUAGCAGGAUCCACCAUUUUCACCAAGUUAGACUUGCGGGCAGGCUAUCAUCAAAUCAGGAUGCACAUGGGAGACAUACACAAGACAACAUUUCGCACGCAUCAUGGGCAUUACGAGUACAUGGUCAUGCCCUUUGGCCUGUGCAACGCACCAUCAACUUUUCAGGAGGCCAUGAAUCAUAUUUUCCAACACAUGCUACGUAAGUUUGUGCUAGUAUUUUUCGAUGACAUCCUGGUUUAUUCGAAGACUAGGGACCAGCACUUGGAGCAAGUCUUGAGCAUACUGGCCCGAGAGAGUUUUUACAUCAAGCUGUCCAAGUGUGCUUUUGGGCAGACGGAGUUGAUGUACUUGGGGCACAAGAUCUGCCCUGAAGGUGUCAAGGUAGAGCCACACAAGAUUAUUGCCAUUCAGUCUUGGCCAAAAUCGAAGAAUGUUUCCCAACUGCACGGAUUUUUGGGCCUUAUAGGCUACUACAGGAAGUUUCUGCAGCAUUAUGGGGCCAAUGCUAGGCCAUUGACGCAGCUACUCAAGAAAGACAAGUUCCAAUGGACAGACGAUGCUAACCAUGCCUUUGCAGCAUUGAAGCAAGCCAUGACGUGCACUCUCGUCUUGGCUAUGCUAGAUUUUGCACAGCAGUUCGAGAUUCACACUGAUGCCAGCAACAUUGGUAUAUUGGUGCAGCAAGGAUGA